UUAAUUGUCAAUUUCCUUUUAAGUAUUUUUAUUUGAUUUGAAUAGUUUAACAAACAAUAAAAAAAUCACAGUAGAAUGGAUUAUUCAGAAGAAAAGCCGCAAUCUGCAAAAGAAAAGUUUGAAAUUUCUGGAAUAAUAACGAGUGCAGCAUUUCAGAGAUGUAGAUUUCUCGCCAUAAAGCUGUACAGGAGUUUUCCAAAGCAGUACGAACAUCCUGUUAUAAAACCGAUGUUAAAUGUAGAAUGGGAACAAUUUUUGACGAAGAUGCAACGUACUUUUGGUAAUGGAAUUUGGGCUUUGAAAAAGCCAGUUAUAGCAUUUGUAAAUGAACAAUUCAUUGGAGAUGAUAAAGCAUUUGUUAACCACCUUAUUAAAAAAUACCAUUUUUCGCUAAAUUUAGAUUUAGAUCAAAUUGGAAAAUGUCAUCUUGUGGAGUUUUUGAGAGAGAAGAUGGGUAAAUACAGACAAAUAACUUACUUUACCAUAGCCAUAAAUAAUCAAGUAAUUGGAACGAUGAUGUUUGAACUUUACAAUGAUCUAGUACCGCUAGCUUGUGAAAAUUUUCUUAAACGAUGCAAAGAUAUAAAUGGAGGUUACACUGGUACUCCAGUUCACAGAAUAGUAAAAAAUAGUUGGAUUCAAUGCGGACGAUGGAAUUUGCCAGAAAAAAAGAUGCCUUGUGAAAAUUAUGUAAUUCCACAUGACAGAAGAGGGGUUUUAUGUACCACGAAUACAGGUAGACAUAAAGAAAACAGUACACAGUUUUUUAUAACUUUGGCUCCAACUCCUUGGAUGGAUUAUAACUACGUAGCUUUUGGUCAAUUACUACAAGGAGAAGAAGUCUUAAAAGCUAUAGAGAAAGUUCCCACCUACUACGAAUCCCCAACUUUACCAAUAACUAUUGUUAUGAGUGGAGAAAUAACCUUAGACGGAAUUCCCGAUUACUUUACCUCGAUGGAAAGGCCAGAAUUCCAAAGUAUCUUACCAUCGCUCUCUAAAGACAAUUUAUACGCAGUAGACGAUUGUAAUCUAAUACCGACUACAUCUAGAUUUUCAAUGUCGAAGUAUAAGAAAGGUUUGUAUGGCUUGGAAACUGAUAUGGCGAUAAACAUGGAAUAUCCAAAUUUGCCAGAUUAUCUUAUGCCAAGACUAAUGGGUGAAUCAGAAGCAAGUUACCCUUCAACACUUAGUAUACAGCAAUGGUCACCACUGGAUCAAGAUCAAGUACAGGAUCUACCAGACUUUUACAAAAUUCUUAAAGAUUGUAAUAUGCCCGGAGUUAGUGAUACUACUUUAUAA